UUAUAGGGCGCACGAUGGAAAACGGGAACGGCCGCGCCAUUGUUUUACCCCUGGAUUGAUAUUCCAUAUUAUUGUUUCUGUUCCUUUUCUCUUCCAUGUUGCAACAUGGUGUCGACCCUCGAAGAAUCGAAGAAUCUGCUCCGGGCCGACGGUUGCGGAAUGCCCCGAUCAUCGGCCCGAAAAUCUUGCGCACCUAAAAUUGGACACAAACGUUCCGUUCUCUAUCCCAAACCUAGAGGACGAGAUCAUGGGAUAUAGAAAUGUAGUUCAAGCAUAACAACCAUGCUGCAAGGUGAUUUGGACAGCAGGAAACAUGCAGCUUCCCCAAUUAUGGGUGAGAACGUAUAUGUCGAUGACGGUUUUCCAUGACCAACGCCAAGAACGUGCCAGAGCGAUCGUUUCCGGAACCAAGACAUUGCCAAGCCCUUAGUUGGCCACAGUCUGCCAUCGGGUUCUGCAACGAUGAAAUUGCGGACAAUCUGUCGCAGUUAAUACUCCUGUAAACUCCAUCCCAGUGAGAUCAGCAACGUUGCCCACAAUGAAUUGUCCGUCGCGCACUGAUGAUACGCUCUUGCAUGUCGAGUGGAAUCAGAAUCCGCCCUUUCUGGCGCCGGAUCUGACGACUCGCCAAGACUUGAAUGGUAUCUCGAACGCCCGUGAGAAUAAGGAGGGAGAUGGGAAUGGUAGUGGCUCUGGACAAUCGUUGGCGUGCCUCAGUGAGAAAGCGAGGAUGAAUGCGCCGCCCAUUGACCCAGAAAAGAAUAGAAUUUGGGAGAAUGGGGCGUCACUGACCUCGAAGUCAGGACGUCCCAUUGACCCAAUGGCCAGCCUUAAUGCUGGUCACCAGAGUGGUCGUGGUCAAAAUAAUUCUCAAUCUUUCCUUCAGACAUUCAAGAGCUGGGCCUCGUGGCUUCUGUCGGUUCUGUUCACGUCAGCAUUGAUGUCCCAUAGUAGUAUUGGGCGAUAUCUGCAUGGCUCGGAGGUGUCCCCCAUCCCCUCGUCAGGGUUUGAACCAAUUGAAAGAGACCUUCCUUUCGAGAAACGAGGGACGUGUGCGCAGGGCGGUGUUGGGGGUAGCGACUACAACCUUCCGUUGCAUGUUGGCGGGCUGUUCAUCAUCUUAUCAGUUUCAACACUGGCCUGCGCCUUCCCGGUCCUUGCCAUAUGGUUUCCGCGUCUCCGCAUUCCGUCGUCAUGUCUAUUCUUCGUCAGUCAUUUUGGUACCGGUGUUUUGAUCGCCACUGCAUUCGUGCACUUGCUCCCCACGGCGUUCCAGUCACUCAACGAUCCAUGUCUGUCGAAAUUUUGGACCACCGAUUACCCCGAAAUGCCAGGAGCCAUUGCCCUCGCGGGAGUGUUCCUCGUGACGGUGAUUGAGAUGGUCUUUAGUCCCGCCAGACAUUGCUGUCGUGGAGGAACGAGCCUGUCGGACCCGCCACCCUAUCUUGCUCGACCAACUGAGAAGGAAACCCCCAUAAAGAGGGCCCACGUAGUUGAUUCGACUGUUUGCAACGAGAGAGAACGACCGGCCGGCGUAGAGCCUCUUCCCCACCUGCGCGAUAUGGGCCCUUUGAUCGGUAGGUCUUCUAGCAUAAGCCGUGCAAUCAACCAAAUGGGUGAAGACCCCGAGCGUAUUUGCCGCAUUUCCUCCGCUCCAGAGGUUCCUCAAUAUCGGCAAGAACCGAAGAUCGAGCCGGUCCAUGAAGAUGUGGAGCGCAGCGAUGAUGGUCAUGUCAUGACUCCGGAGCAAAAGCAUCGCAAAGAUGUCAUGCAAGUCGUCUUGCUGGAGAUGGGAAUCCUGUUUCAUAGUGUUUUCAUCGGCAUGUCACUCAGUGUUUCGGUCGGCAGCGAGUUUGUGAUUCUAUUGAUUGCCAUCGUCUUUCACCAAACAUUCGAAGGUCUUGCUUUAGGCUCUCGUAUCGCUGCUCUCGACUGGCCCGAGAAAGCCAUGCAGCCUUGGCUCAUGUCCCUGGCUUAUGGAUGCACAACACCAAUCGGUCAGGCUAUUGGUCUCGCAACCCAUACUCUCUAUAGCCCCGACUCCGAAGUCGGCCUUCUCCUCGUCGGUGUCAUGAACGCCAUCUCCGCUGGACUUCUUAUCUUUGCGUCAUUGGUGGAGUUGAUGUCAGAGGACUUCCUCAGCGAUGAGAGCUGGCGUGUGCUUCGUGGCAAGAAGAGAGUUUAUGCUUGCAUUAUUCUCUUCAUGGGUGCCUUCUGCAUGAGCCUGGUUGGCGCGUGGGCCUAGUGGACUUGCAAUAAUUCGGGUGAAUUUCGCUGAGGUAUGGCACUAUUUAUCAGGAACCAGAUAAAUAUACCUCCUUCAUCCAGGAUCCUGGAUUGUGUGGGAUUUGUCAGGUUCGUGGUUUGAGCGUACAUUAUACUGCAGUUGUGGUGGAGACAAACCCAGUACUCGAGAUAGACUUUGGAGAUAGUAGAUAAA